AUGGCCUACAACAAUCACAAACCAAGGCUUUCAUAUUCUGUAUCCAAGCUAUCAAGCUCGGUGACCCAUCAGUCGGCAAAUCAGGAAUCCAGCCAUAAAACCCACAUCCCCCGAGCUGAGGGUAGCUGGGUUGCCCUCCCCCCAUUACCAGAAGGCGCAUUCCACCCGUUUUCUUCGGCUGUCCAAUUUGUCUCCACGACCUUGAAGCCUCUCACUGAGCCCUCGAUUGCUUAUCCAGCUGGCCCGUUACCCAACCAUCUUUCAAGAGCAAACAGUCUUCUGUCCUCAUCAACAUCCCGGCUCAAUGGUCUUUCAGCUUCUAAUGCCCGUGCAUCAUCAGCCAACUCAAAUGGAGGACUAAAACGUAGCCGCACCACAACAUCGUCCACCCAUCCGACAUCCAUGAGCCGGAAAAGAAGUAAAUCUGACUUUGGUUCUUCGAGCCACCGGCCAGGAUCAAGCGAUCAGCCGUCGCACGAAAAAUUCCGUUCCGUCAUCCCGGGUGGCAAAACCCAAGGAUUUGGUUCAUCAUCAUCGCUAGCCCAUCUUAAUGCGGCCCGAUCAACGCGCCAACGCGCCCGUACUCCUGACCUUCAUACCCCCGCGUUAUUAAUCCGUCAGAAACAGCGGCUUGCUGAAGCUUCGACUGACUUUUUGGUGCGACGAAAUGGCUCUAAUUCUUCUCCGUACCCGCAAUACAACAACGCCGCAGUCAGAUCUUCAACAUCGCUCAAAUCGUCCGCGUCGGUCGCUUCGAUCGGUACGCUAUAUCCUUCAAGAUCAAGAGCACAUAGUCAGCUCAACACGAUUCCCUCCGAACAGCAAGAAGAGGAUCAUCAACUCGGGCCAGUACGAAGGACCUAUCUAGGCGGGGUGGGCGUCUAUCUCAAUAAUUCCCAAGAUGAAGACGAUCAUAGCCAGGAUGAGGACGAGAGCCCGCAAACGAGUUCAGUCGGCCAUUCCAGACUGAAACCCAAUCUGACCAUUAACGUCGGCCUGUGCAAGAACGGACCGGAACUAUCGAAGAACACGAGCAACUGGUACAAUCGUCUUUUGCUGUCGCCUCUGUCUUCCGCGGGCUCCUCGGUAUACAGCUUUAUUAUGAAUAGCGCGAGCCCAUUGGUCACGUCAAAUUCAGAUGACCCUGAGGAAGUACACGAAAGGGAUGACGGCGCUUCAGAGAAGGACUCAAUCACUAAGGCUGCACCUUCUCGGAAACAAUCUUUCCGACGUCAUAAGUAG